AUGAUAUCUCCAUUCAAAAUACCAGUGGUGAUGCAAGCUGCAUAUUUUGCGAAGGAAAAUUUUCAGAAGAUGUACGCGGGGAAGUCUGGGUUAGAUGUGAGAUCUGUAACAAUUGGGCGCAUGCAGAAUGCGGAGGAGUGGAGAAGAAAGAUAUUUAUAUAUGCGAUUUGUGCAAGUAAACCAAAAUAUAUAGAUAUGCAAAUGUUGACAUCGUUUGGUUCCUUCGUUGUUUUAUAG